AUGGACGCGGAACUGCUCGAAUUACAGCGCCAGUUCGAGUUCGCCCAGCAGGCGAAAUCGAGCAUCCGGUUAUCCGACAGAAACGUAGUGGAAUUGGUGCAAAAGCUUCAAGAGCUUCACAUCAUCGAUUUCGACCUUCUCCACACCGUCUCCGGCAAGGAGUACAUCACCCCUGAGCAACUGCGGCGGGAAAUCGUGGCCGAAGUAGGCAAAUCAGGGCGUGUGUCGUUGAUAGACCUUUCGGAUGUUAUUGGUGUUGAUCUCUACCAUGUUGAGAAACAAGCUCAGCAAGUCAUUUCCGAUGAUCCCCAGCUUAUGUUACUUCAAGGAGAAAUUAUAUCUCAAAGUUAUUGGGACAAUGUUGCUGAAGAGAUCAAUGAGAGGCUUCAAGAAUGCAGCCAAAUAGCUUUGGCAGAACUUGCUGCACAGUUAAAUGUUGGUUCUGAAUUUGUAGCAUCUAUGGUGGAAGCCCGCCUUGGAACUUUGGUGAAAGGUAGACUUGAAGGUGGGCAAUUAUAUACGCCAGCUUAUGUUGCUAGAGUUAGUGCCAUGGUUCGUGGUGCUGCCAGAGCUAUCACCGUGCCAACCAACUUGUCCUUACUUUGGAGCAAUCUACAGUUGCUGCUGCAUGAAAUGGAUGGAGCAAGUGGUGUGGCCAUAGAAAGUUCAUUUUUCCAAUCCAUGUUCAAUACCCUGCUGAAGGAAGGAGAGGUCCUUGGAUCACUUCGCGCUGGAGUUCACUGGACACCAACUGUGUUUGCCAAUGCUCAAAAGGAAUGUGUAGAUUCAAUGUUCUCACAGAAUUCUUUUGUUAGCUAUGAUGCUAUGCAAAAGCUUGGUAUUGCACAGGCUCUGCAGUUUUUACAGUCCAGAUAUCCUGAUGGCAUACCUUUAGAUACUGUAUUUGUGCACCCAUCCAUGAUUGAGAUGUUAGAUACUUCUAUUGAGGACGCUGUUGAACAUGGUAGUUGGAUUGAUUCUCUUUCUGUAUUACCUACAUCGUUUGGGUCCCAAGAUGCAUCAAAGAUUUUGUCACUUUGUCCUUCUUUUCAGUCAGCGUUGAAGGAUAACAAAGGGCUAGUCUUGGGAGAUUCAUUUGUUUUCAGCAAUGCUUUUCUCAAGGAUCUCUACGAUCGUGUUGAGAAAGAAACAGAGACAUUUACCUUCUCCGGUUCUUCUGGUGCUAUCGUAACAGAUGAGCCAAUCAAGGAAGCUAAAGCAUCUGGAAGAUCAACCGAUUCAAAUGAAACUGUUAAUGAUAGAAAAAAGAAAAAGGGCAAAUCUGCUGGUCCGAAAGCAGAAGAAACCAUUCCAGAUGAUGAUUAUGUUCCCAUAAAGGGAAAGAAAAGCCAAAGGAAAGGCAAGGGUGGUGCAUCUGGUCAAGUAUCCGAUUCAAAAUCUGCUGCUAAGAAAGAUUCAGCCAAAAAGCAAGAGGAGAAUAUUAUCUAUCCUUCAGAAGAAUGGAUUAUUGAGAAGAUACUGGCCUUGAUUCCUGAUCUUGAAGAACAAGGUAUAGAAGAUCCACAGACAGUAUUGAAACCAAUUGCUAACCAUAUGAGACCGAUGUUGAUGAGCUCUUUGAAGGAGAGAAGAAAGGCAUUGUUUACAGAAAAUGCCGAUAAAAUUAAACAGUUGCUUAAUAAUUUGCAAAAGAAACUCGAAGAGUCUUUCUUAAAUACGCAGCUGUAUGAAAAAGCUCUAGACUUAUUUGAUGAUGACCAAUCCACUUCAGUAAUUCUGCAUAAGCAUCUGUUAAGAACAAUGGGUGCAACAAUGACAGAUCUUCUCCUGCAUAACUUGGAUGUUCACAACCAAUUGAAGAAUGGAGUCUCAGUUGAAGAAUCUUCAGAAGCCAUAACAUUGAGUUCUGCAGAAAGAACAGCUCUUGCUAAAAGUUUUCCAGGAUCCCUAUCAAGGAAGGCUCAAGCACUUGUAGAAGCUCUAGAAGGGAAGAACGUGGAAGGAUUUUUAACUUCACUGCGGGAGACUGCAGAAGAGAGUGGCUUAUACUUGAGACAGCUUGACAAGAAAUUGGAGAGAACUAUUUUGCACGCAUAUCGCAAGGAUCUGACAGCUCAAGUUUCUGUGGAAACUGAUCCAGUUGCUCUUCUGCCUAAAGUUGUUUCCCUUCUUUACAUCCAGAUUCACAACAAAGCUCUACAGGCUCCUGGAAGAGCCAUUUCUAUUGCAGUUUCUCGGUUGAAGGAUAAACUGGGUGAUGCACCAUACAAGAUACUGACAGAUUACCAAUCUGCAACAGUGACACUUUUGUCUCUGUCGUCGGCAGCAACUGGUGAUGAAGAAGACUGUACAUCCGAUAGAAUUUUGAGCAAAAGGGAGCUUUUGGAGAACCUAAUGCCUGCACUGAAGGGCCUUGUUCUGGGUCCCAAAUUGCCACAGGCACAAUCAUAA